AUGUCAGAUCCUGCGGCGUACACUAUAGGCUGGAUUUGCGCCUUACCCGUGGAAUACAUUGCCGCACAAGAGUUUCUCGAUGAAGAGCAUGACAAACCGAGCUUUGUGUCGCCCAACGAUGCCAACGACUAUACGCUAGGCAGGAUGAGCGAACACAACGUUGUCAUCGCCGUAUUGCCCGAUAGUGAAUAUGGAACAGCUUCCGCGGCCAGUGUAGCGACGAACAUGCUCAACAGUUUUCACAACAUUAGGAUCGGCCUCAUGGUCGGGAUUGGCGGUAGUGUACCAAGCGACAGCCAUAAUAUUCGUUUGGGCGAUGUUGUGGUUAGUACGCCUCGCGGUGGCGAGAGUGGUGUGUUUCAAUACGACUUUGGCAAGUCGAUCCAGGACCAAAGUUUUCAGCAUACGCGGUUCUUGAACCAGCCACCAGCUAUUUUGCGCGCUACAAUGUCGGGGAUUCGAACACAAUACGAGAGAAAAGGGCAUCAGCUCAAGGAGGCUAUCAACGGCAUUUUUAGAAAGAACAUAAGACUACGUCGGAAGUACAAACGGCCAGAACCAAUUACGGAUAGGCUGUUUCUUCCCGAAGCUAUCCAUAACCAAGCAAGCUAUGCUAUAUGUGCGGUUGAUCCUUCAACGUUGGUACUACGGAGUGAGCGGGCCGACGACGAAGAUAACCCUACCAUUCACUAUAGCCUGAUCGCUUCUGGCAAUCAGUUAAUGAAGGAUGCUUUGAUUCGAGAUCGGCUUACCGCGGAAAAAGACGUCCUCUGUUUCGAAAUGGAAGCAGCGGGGCUAAUGAAUACUUUCCCAUGUCUCGUCAUCCGAGGCAUCUACGAUUACUCGGACUCACAUAAGAACAAAGAUUGGCAAGGGUAUGCAGCUAUGGUGGCAGCUACAUACGCCAAAGACCUUCUACAGAGGAUCUCUCUCAACAGAAUUGAAGCCGAGGAGAGAAUAGGUGCUGUUGUGUCUGAUGAGCUGAAAGGCAUCCGACAUCGCUUAGAUCAAGCAUACAGUCAACACGAACGGCACUUUAGUGAACAGAAAGCAAGAGUCUUAACGGACCAGCAGCGCAGUUGUUACCAAGUAUUCAAGAUCAUCAAUUACGCGGAGCAAAAGAACAUAAACCCUAAACGAGCUAAGGGAACCUGUCGAUGGGCUCUCCGGAGCUCUGAGUACAUCCGCUGCGGCAAGUCUGUCCUAGCCAGAUCAAUAAUCGAUGAUUACUCAGAGACCUCUCAUCCAACGAACAAUCUUGCUACGGCACUAUGUUCGGUGCUUCAUCAGCUAUUCAGCCAGCAGCCUCAUCUAUUACAAUAUACCAUUCCGGCCUGGGAAAAGAAUGGAGGGACGCUCCGACAAGAAGUUGACGAACUUUGGCGGAUCUUGAUAGCGGCAACAUCAGCUAACAUAUCCUGUAAGACGAUUUGCAUACUCGAUACGCUUGAUGAAUGCCGUGAAACGGAUCAGCGCCGAUUGAUUAAAAAGCUCCAAGCGUUUCAUCGCCAGCCAUCUUCAUUAACAGAGGAAACCUGUUUGAAAUUCCUGGUGACCAGUCGUCCCUACGAUCAUAUACAGGAUCACUUUCGAGCAGUCACCGAUUCUUUUCCACAUAUACAUAUCAAGGGGGAGGAGCAGAAUGACCAAAUCCAUGAGGAGAUUGAUCUGGUGGUGAGGAUUCGGGUGAGAGAACUAGCUAGGACAGUGCCACUGUCACCGGAGCUUCAUCAUCGAAUCGAACAGCAGCUGCUUCAAAUGGAACACCCCAUUGAUGAUAUCCGCACUACCUUCAAAGACAGCCUCCGGCCUACAGAGGAUUGGAUCACGCUGAUUCCGCCUUCUGUGAAUAAAGCAUAUGAAAAGAUACUCUGUCGAGUUCCAGCCGGUCUAAUGAAUAGAGUCAAGAAGAUCCUAGAGAUCAUCGUGGCGGCACGGCGUCCUCUGACAAUAAGAGAGAUGGCUAUGGCGUUAGGAAUUGCUACUAGCUCAGGAUCACCAACAACCAAACAGGCUGGGCUAGCUCCAAUUGGUCUUGAUGGCAAGCUUCGGCGAUGGUGUGGCCUGUUUGUCUUUACGAACAAUUCGAAAAUCUAUCUCAUCCAUCAAACAGCCAGGGAAUUUCUCAUUAAGAAGAAAAUUUCGAGCAAUCCCACUUCUGCAUACUGGAACAGUGUGACUGAUGCGGAAGAUCAGAUGGCUAAGAUCUGUUUGAGGUACUUGUUGAUGGAGGAUUCAGAAUAUGAUGAAGACGAAUCGGGCUCCCUUACUGGAAGUUUCUUGGAAUAUUCAGCAACACAUUGGCCCGAUCACGUACGAAAUAUGGCUUUGACUUCAAUUCAAAAAGAAACUGACCGAGUGCAUCGAUUAUACGACAUAAGUGGGAAACCCUUUUCACUGUGGUUUCCUAUUUUUUGGAAGGUAGCCGGCCCAUACCGCGAAAUUCCUGUGAUGAGUGCACUUCAUCUGGCAGCAUUCAAUGGCCAUGAACAGGAGGUACGAUCUAUACUUAGCGUGGAUAAAAGGGAUGUCAAUACACCUGAUGAUACAAAAACAUAUCCCCUUAUAUGGGCUUCAUUGAAUGGGCACGAUGAAACUGUGGAACUUCUGCUAGAGCGAGGAGCCGAUGUCAAUGCCCAGGGUGGAUUAUACGAAAACGCCCUCUACGCUGCGUGUUUUAAGGGACACGACAAAAUCGCACAGAUGCUGCUAGAGCGAGGAGCCGAUGUCAACGCCCAGGGUGGAUUCUACGAAAAUGCCCUCUACGCUGCGUGUUUUAAGGGACACGACAAAAUCGCACAGAUGCUGCUAGAGCGAGGAGCCGAUGUCAAUGCCCAGGGUGGAGAGUACGGAAAUGCCCUCCAGGCUGCUUGUGCUGGGGGACACGACAAAAUCACACAGAUGCUGCUAGAGCGAGGAGCCGAUGUCAACGCCCAGGGUGGAUUAUACGAAAACGCCCUCUACGCUGCGUGUUUUAAGGGACACGACAAAAUCGCACAGAUACUGCUAGAGCGAGGAGCCGAUGUCAACACCCAGGGUGGAUUCUACGAAAAUGCCCUCUACACUGCGUGUUUUAAGGGACACGACAAAAUCGCACAGAUGCUGCUAGAGCGAGGAGCCGAUGUCUAUGCCCAGGGUGGAGAGUACGGAAAUGCCCUCCAGGCUGCUUGUGCUGGGGGACACGACAAAAUCACACAGAUGCUGCUAGAGCGAGGAGCCGAUGUCAACGCCCAGGGUGGAUUAUACGAAAACGCCCUCUACGCUGCGUGUUUUAAGGGACACGACAAAAUCGCACAGAUGCUGCUAGAGCGAGGGGCCGAUGUCAAUGCCCAGGGUGGAGAGUACGGAAAUGCCCUCCAGGCUACUUGUGCUAGGGGACACGACAAGAUCACACAGAUGUUGCUAGAGCGAGGAGCCGAUGUCAACGCCCAGGGUGGAGAGUACGGAAAUGCCCUCUACCCUGCUUGUUUUGGGGGACACAACAAGAUCGCACAGAUGCUGCUAGAGCGAGGGGCCGAUGUCAAUGCCCAGGGUGGAGAGUACGGAAAUGCCCUCCAGGCUGCUUGUGCUAGGGGACACGACAAGAUCACACAGAUGCUGCUAGAGCGAGGGGCCGAUGUCAACGCCCAGGGUGGAUUAUACGAAAACGCCCUCUACGCUGCUUGUUUUGAGGGACACGACAAAAUCGCACAGAUGCUGCUAGAGCGAGGGGCCGAUGGUGGAAAGUACAGAAAUGCCCUCCAGGCUGCUUGUGCUGGGGGACACGACAAGAUCACACAGAUGCUGCUAGAGCGAGGAGCCGAUGUCAACGCCCAGGGUGGAUUAUACGAAAACGCCCUCUACGCUGCUUGUUUUAAGGGACACGACAAAAUCGCACAGAUGCUGCUAGAGCGAGGGGCCGAUGUCAAUGCCCAGGGUGGAAAGUACAGAAAUGGCCUCCAGGCUGCUUGUGCUGGGGGACACGACAAAAUCGCACAGAUGCUGCUAGAGCGAGGGGCCGAUGUCAAUGCCCAGGGUGGAAAGUACAGAAAUGCCCUCCAGGCUGCUUGUGCUGGGGGACACGACAAGAUCACACAGAUGCUGCUAGAGCGAGGAGCCGAUGUCAACGCCCAGGGUGGAUUAUACGAAAACGCCCUCUACGCUGCGUGUUUUAAGGGACACGACAAAAUCGCACAGAUGCUGCUAGAGCGAGGGGCCGAUGUCAAUGCCCAGGGUGGAGACUGCAGAAUUUCCCUUCGUGAUGCUUGUUCCGAAGGACACUACAAAUGUGGCCGAAGCCCUUUAUCGCGCGCCGCCCAGAAUGGAGACCAAUCCGUGGUAAAGAUGCUCCUCGACACUGGCAAGGUGGAUCCCGACUCGAAGGACAAAGAUGGCCGAAGCCCUUUAUCGUGGGCCGCCCAGAAUGGAGAUGGAACCGUCGUCAAGAUGAUCCUCGCCAUGGGAAAGAUGGAUCCCGACUCGAAAGACGAAGAUGGCCGAAGCCCUAUAUCGCGUGCCGCCCAGAACGGAGACCAAUCCGUGGUGAAGAUGCUCCUCGACACCGGCAAGGUGGAUCCCGACUCGAAAGACAAAGAUGGCCGAAGCCCUUUAUCGUGGGCAGCCCAGAACGGAGACCAAUCCGUGGUGAAGAUGCUCCUCGACACCGGCAAGGUAGAUCCCGACUCGAAAGACAAAGAUGGCCGAAGCCCUUUAUCGUGGGCAGCCCAGAACGAUGAUGGAGCCGUCAUCAAGAUGAUCCUCGCCACGGGAAAGGUUAAUGUCGACUGGAAAGAUAAUCAUGGCCGGACUCCCCUGUCAAGGGCCGCCGAGAAUAUAAACGUGGCCCCAUUCAAGAUGUUACUCGCCACGGACAAUGUUUAUACUGAUUCAAAAGACAAGAAUAACCGAACACCACUGUUUUUGGCCGCUAAAAACGGAAGAAAAGACGUGGUAAAGCUGCUCCUUGACACUGGAAACAUCCACGUGGACUCGAAAGAUAGCUGCAAUUGGACGCCAUUAUCGUGGGCCGCUAGGAACGGACAUGAGGCGGUGGUGAGGUUGCUCCUUGCUACGUGUAACGUUCAUGUUGACUCAGGAGAUAAUUACAACUGGACACCACUAUCAUGGGCUGCACAGAAUGGACAUGAGACCGUCGUCAAUAUGCUUCUCGACACGGGAAAUGUCAGCAUUGAUUCGAAAGACAUCUACGGCCGAACCCCGCUGUCAUGGGCCCGCAAAAACGGGCAUAAGAUGUUGGCCUAUACCCUCAUCGGUAUGGGCAGUGUCGAGCCUUAG